AUGGCAUCCGCUGAGAGUGCAGCUCCAGAAGCACCCAAGACAAAACCCCAGAACAAGGUCCGCAAGCGCGCCCCCAAGGCCUGCUUGUCAUGUCGCGCUCGCAAACGAGAUGGCGUCGACAACGCGCCGACAUCGUACCCUCCAUGCAACGCCGACGACGGAGAGCAGCUCCAUAUUGUCAACCCCAUUGCGCCAUCAAGCGACGAUCCCCGACCGAUACUCUCCAACGAGUCUGACAGUCAACCCCAAGCUUGCGAUCAUUCACACGGCGACGCCAUCCCAACACCCACAGCCACCGUCCUCGACAACGUCAACGGGGGCUCGCGAAGCAAUUUCUUCCGCUCCUUUACUGUCGAACAACCCGACGUUUACGACGUCAUGGGCCACUAG